GAGUCCAGCCCACUGACACUUCAGCCCCGGAAAGGGUUAACCGCAUCCAGCCGGUUCGGUUUACAUGUAAAUAGAGAGCAGCUGCUCCGCGCGGGCCCCGGCUGGCCCUUUUAAGUUUUUGAUUGGUUGCCAAUGACAUCACCGCCAGUGUUCUAACUCUGAGGACCCUGAGCGGCGUCGGAUAAACCCUCCUUAAAGAGACGAGGCCACGCCCCCGGCUCCUCCCCCCAGGCUGCCCAUUGGCCGCGGGCCACUGUGAGGCCGCGGUCAGCUUUCUCCUGAUCCCUAUUGGCCCAACGUGCCGUCGGUCGGCAGCCGGCCCGCCCCCCCAGAACCUUACAUUUACAGUGUAGCAAAAGAGAAAGUAACUAUGUUGCUGCUGGAGAUCAAUGAAGCCAAGUGAAUGGGGGCUGAAUGGGCGAAUCCAUAGCUGAAGCGGAGCGCCAGAUGGUGGAGGGCUACGCUUAUUUAUGAAACUGUCUUGAGUUCUUCUUGAAUUGCCAGUUUUCAGCCUCCUCAUGCCUCCGUCUCCUUUAGACGACAGGUUAGUGGUGGCAUUGUCUAGGCCCGUCCGACCUCAGGACCUCAACCUUUGUUUAGACUCAGGCUACCUUGGCCCUGCCGCCCCCGGCAGUAGCAGCCGCCCUCCGGUCAUUGCCACCACCGUCGUGUCCCUCAAGGCUGCGAAUCUGACGUAUAUGCCCUCAUCCAGCGGCUCUGCCCGCUCCCUGAAUUGUGGAUGCAGCAGUGCCAGCUGCUGCACUGUGGCAACCUACGACAAGGACAGUCAGGCCCCGACCCAGGCCGUCGCCGCUGCCAUCGGAACCUCUACCGCCUGCCCUGCCAGCCAGAUGGUCAACAGCAAUGAGAACGCAGGCCCUUUAAGUCCGUCAGGUGGGGUGGGAAGCCCUGUGUCAGGGACCCCCAAGCAGCUAGCCAGCAUCAAAAUAAUCUACCCCAAUGACCUGGCGAAGAAGAUGGCCAAAGGCAGCAAGAGCCACCUGCCGAGCCAGGGCCCCGUCAUCAUUGACUGCAGGCCCUUCAUGGAGUACAACAAGAGUCACAUCCAAGGAGCUGUCCACAUUAACUGUGCCGACAAGAUCAGCCGGCGGCGACUGCAGCAGGGCAAGAUCACUGUCUUAGACUUGAUUUCCUGUAGGGAAGGCAAGGACUCUUUCAAGAGGAUCUUUUCCAAAGAAAUUAUAGUUUAUGAUGAGAAUACCAAUGAGCCGAGCCGAGUGAUGCCCUCCCAGCCUCUUCACAUAGUCCUCGAGUCCCUGAAGAGAGAAGGCAAAGAGCCUCUGGUGUUGAAAGGUGGACUUAGCAGUUUUAAGCAGAACCAUGAAAACCUCUGUGACAACUCCCUCCAGCUCCAGGAGUGCCGGGAGGUGGGGGGCGGCGCGUCUGCAGCGUCCAGCGUGCUACCUCAGUCUCUCCCCACCACCCCUGACAUCGAGAACGCGGAGCUGACGCCCAUCCUGCCUUUCCUGUUCCUCGGCAACGAGCAGGACGCUCAGGACCUGGACACGAUGCAGCGGCUGAACAUAGGCUACGUCAUCAACGUCACCACUCACCUGCCCCUCUACCACUACGAGAAAGGCCUGUUCAACUACAAGCGGCUGCCGGCCACCGACAGCAAUAAGCAGAACCUGCGGCAGUACUUCGAAGAGGCCUUCGAGUUCAUUGAGGAAGCUCACCAGUGUGGGAAGGGGCUUCUCAUCCAUUGCCAGGCGGGGGUGUCCCGGUCCGCCACCAUCGUCAUCGCGUACUUGAUGAAGCACACUCGGAUGACCAUGACUGACGCUUAUAAGUUUGUCAAAGGCAAACGGCCAAUUAUUUCCCCAAACCUUAACUUCAUGGGGCAGUUACUGGAGUUUGAGGAAGACCUGAACAAUGGUGUAACACCACGGAUCCUUACGCCAAAGCUGAUGGGUGUGGAAACGGUGGUGUGACAGAGGUCUGGAUGGAAAGGAUUACUGUUCUCCACUAGGAGACGAAGAGAAAGGAUGAUGGAUUCUGUCUUUUUCUCUCUUUUUCUUUCUUUCUUUCUCAUUUUUUUUUUUUAGAUGGGGGUAACGUUUGUGAAUGGAAACAAAACUUGUUUAAAAACUCUUUAUUUUUAACAAGUGUGAGAAGAAUUUAACUUUUGAUGCCCAUUGAGAUUUACUUCCCAUGAACUGACGAAGCAGGGAGGCUAAAGGAGUAAUUUUUUUAAGCCAACAAUAAAAAUAUAAUAAAAGCUGUUUCUUCCCCCUUUUCCUUUUAAGCUAUUUGUAGAGUUUAUGAUUAAAUAGUCUGUGCAGGUUCAUAGACCGAAGAUACUACUACAAUUGCAACAAAUUAAAAAGAACCAAAAGGAAGCGGCAGAAAAAGAUUGAAUCACAAAGGCCCGACAUCUGUCUGGGUCAUCCACGCAGAAAACAAACACCCAAUCAAACCAAGCCCAGGCGUGCUCACUGGUGCAAAGAGAAAAAUGAGGGCAACUUAAGUGGUCUAAGAACCCUUCACAUUCUUUAAAGAGACAAAAGAUACUGUUGAUUUUGUGUGUUUCAUACUCUGGAUUAUUCCCCCCCCCCCCUUGGGUUUAAGAGAUUUUUUGAAAUAGCAAGGGACUGACCAUGUUACCAUAAGCCUUUACUGGCUUCUCGUGCAAUAAUAUGGGGUUUUGAGUGUGCAAACCAGUGAGAGCUGACAGCCAAAUAAUAGGCAAAUAGUGUAAAUUUGCCAGCUUGGAGAUAGAAAGGAAUUCAAUAAAAAUCAGUUACUUUCCUCCCCACCUUUUUUCCUUUAUUAUUAUUAUUAUUAUUAUUAUUAUUAUCAUCAUUUUUUGGAUUUGAUUCUGGUUACAGUGCCAUAAACCUUGUUACAUAUGUAUAUCAGAAUGUAAAAAAAAAAAAAAAGACAAAAAUUUAUUUAAAAAUAUUUUUCGCAAAAAACAAAACAAAACAAACUUGAUGUGUUUCUGUUGAUUGUGUAAAAAUUUAUUUUCAUUAUAUAAAUGAAACUCAUUUGGG